AUGUCGGGCUUGCCUCAUCCGCGGACCGCGUCAGCUUCUGCUCCUUCUUCGUCUCGUGUUUGCGCCUCCUCGAAGAGCGCGUCGCGCGCCGCCUCUUCCUGCCCAGCCUCUGGCUCGAAGGCGCCUUCGGCGCGCGUGCGGCGGCCGCCGUCGACCCCCUCUUCGCCGGAAGGCGAGCCGCGGACGCGCUCCGUCCCCACGAGGGAGGCGGCAGACGGCAGUCAGGCUCUGCUGCCUGUAGGACGGGGAGAAAACGCGGCUCCGCGCGCAGCUGCUGUAGACACGAGUGGGAAAUCUGACCGACUUGGCAGCCAGCCACGCGAGGUCCCUCUCCGCCCCUCUCCAGCGCCCUCUGCUGUCCUCGCUGCUUCUCCCGCUUCUUCGGUUGCAGCCUCGCCGUUCGGGGUGCCCUCCACGCCGCCUUCGCCCUCCGCCGACCUGGCUUCUCACACCGCGCCCUCGCCUCUUCGCAUCUCUCUUGGGCGUUUCCGCUCGCACAGCGAGACGCGCGACGCGACCGCCGCGACCGCCGGCGGAAGACAGCCCGCAGCCGGCGUGUUCGGCGCCUUCUCUGCUUCGCUCCGCGGCGCCUCGUCGCCGGCGCCCCGGACGUGUUUCUCCGCCCAGGCCGCUGCCGAGCCGGCGGCGUCGGCUCCUGUUUCUUUCUCGUGCCCUGCGCGCGAGCCCUCGUCUGCCCGCUCGCUGGCGGUUUCUCCGCGCCGCGCCUCGAGGGGAGGAGGACCGUCGCCUCCUCUUCCGGCGCCGGCGGGCGUCUCUGCGGGCUCUCGGCUGUUGCCGCCCAAGCAACGACCGGAGGCGGGCGCCCAGGGGAAGAUGGACAAGGCGCGUGGACCGUCGCCGCCGGAGACCGGCUUCCUGAGCCCAGCAUCCAGCGAGCAGCCGCAGGCGGAGGCGCCCGCGGAGAGCCGCGACGACGCCAAGACGGAGAGCAGGAGCAGGGCGAUCGAGAGAAUCGCUGAGGACCUGCUCGCUUGCACGUUUCGAUUCGCGUCUCCCGCCUUCGAGGGGUGGCAGCCAGGAGCCAAUCCGCGGCCGCCCGCAAGCCAGGAGGUCGCCUGCGAGGCGCGCCCGUCGUCCUCGUGGCUCUGCCAGCUCGCUGCUUCUUCCCGGUCGCUGUCUAGCGCGGGAGAAGGCGCUUGCUCGUUCGCGCCGCCCUCCUCGCCUGCACUCGCGGCGCGCCUGGAUGCUCAGGAGCCCGCCGCCGAGCGCGGAAUCUGCCCCUCUCCCUCCUCGUCCUCCUCGCCCGUUCCCGCUUCGCCGGCUGCACUCGACUCAGGCCUGCUUGCAGCUGCGCCUGCGCAGCUCGCGCAGGAGCGGCGGAGGCCCUCGCAGAGCGGCGGAGAGCGUCGCAAGGGCGGCGGGGAGUUUCCAGUCGACGCAGAAGCCGCCGAGCGCGAGGAGGCAGCGGCAGCCAGAAAUCAGACACGUCGAGAGUUUGAAAGUUGCCUCAGCGCAGCCAGUGCGAUGGAGCCUGUCGCAGAGACGGCGGGGGCAGGGAGACUAGGCCUGCUGGCGGAGGUCUCUGGAGAUGAAAAUCGCGCUGGCUUUGCCAGCGAGGCGGAAUCCGCACUCCGCCCCGCACUCUGUGCCGCGGAGCCAGAAGGCCCUGUCGCUGCGAAGGUGGCGGCGCUGCAGGGAGCUGUCGACGCGGAGCGACUCGCGCGUGUCGUGGCAACGCAGGACUGCCAAAUUCUCUCUCUGCGCGAACUUGUUAUCGAAAAGGAUGGAGAAGUGGAGAGUCUGCAGGCGGCUCUGCGGUUGGCGGCCCAGGAGAACGCACAGCUGCAGGCGCAGGUCAAGGAGACGCAGGCGAUCUGCUUUGACUUGAAAAGCCAGCAGGAGCAACUCACAAACAACUUUUACCUCGACGCUCGCAGACACCAGACGUCGCUGAUGGAACUCGCCAACACUGAGGCAGAGAGUCGCGAACUCGCCUUCGAAAAACUGAGUUUCCAGCUGGAGACGAAGGAGCGCAUUAUUGCGUCGCUGCACAGCCAGCUCGCUGCGAAGGAAGAAGAGAUCUACGAGCUCACGCACACUGUCGAGGAUUUGCGAGACUGGCAAGCCAAGAUGAAGAGCGGGCAGGUCGCCGCGGUGAUUCAGCGGCAGAAGGACGCGGACGCACGCGUGGAGCUUGCGCACGCCGAGUGUCGCUCGCACCUGCAGGACAAGGAAGUUCUUCGACAGCGCCUGCGCGAGCUCGAGGAAGCGAUGAAGCUGAAGGAUGACGAAAUCCGCGUCGCGCACCAGCGGCUGCAGGAGCGAGAAGGCGAGGCGCAGCGGCUCCAGAGACAGAUGCAGGCCAUGCAGUUCGACGUCUCCCUGAUGAAAAUUCACCUCGCCGACGUGGAAAAAGCUGCGAAAAACAAGGAGGAGGCGAUGGACGUCGAGAUGCAGCGCCAGAGAGAAAAAGACAGACAGGUGCUCCGAGUGGAAGUGGAUCGACUGGCGGAGUUGGUGCGGGAGCGAGCGACUCAGGUCGAGGACCUGCAGCACACUGUGCGCGAGCUCGAGAAGGAAAACGCCCACCUGCAAGAAGGGCUUCAGAAGGCGACGGAGAUGCUGAGGUCGCGCGACGAUCAGCUGAUCGAGCUGCAGGAGCAGCUCGCAGAGUUCGAGAUGCAUGCUCACGUCAACGACAAGUCUGUGCAGCUGGAGCUCCUGCGUCGGGGAGAGCGCGAGCUGAAGAAACGCCUCGCUGAGCAGAUGAAUCAAAACGACGUCUUGCAGCAGGACGUUCACAUGCUCGCUCAAACUCGCGCGGAGAAUCUGGCGCUUCGCCUGAAGUUGGAAGAAGCGCAGAUCGUCGUGCGGCGGCAAGGUGCGCAGCUGGCGAUUCUGCGCGAAGUUCACACAUCGAGCUGCAGACAGGCCCUGGCGGCGGGCGAGAAGGCCGCUGCGCGCGCGUCGCUGACCUCGGCUUCGCUUCUGGGUUCGUCCUUUUUUUCCGCGUCGUCGCCUCCCUCUGCGCCGCCAACCCACGGCCAGCCGCUCGCCCUCUCGGCCGCGCCGUCUCUGAUGACUCGACAGUCCUCUGGAUCACUGGCGCUGGCGCAGCUUCAGCCUGGCGCAGAGGUCGGCGCCGCGCGCGCGGCGUCUCCCCUGCCCGCCUCCUCCUCCGCUUCCUCUUCUGUGGCUUUCUCGUCAGUCUCCGCGGCGCGACCUGUGGGGGGUGCCACCCUGCCAGGCGCGACGACGCAUCCCCACGCGGCGCGCGCGGCGUCUGCGUCGGCUGCGCCUUCGUCGGAGAACGGACUGGAGAGCCGAGCAGGUCCGCAGCAGAAGGCGGGGAGAGGACACGAGGGAGAGAGAGGCGCGAAGACGGGCGCACCGGCGCCGCAGGGGGCGGAGCAGAGACUGGAAGCCGCGAGUCAUUCACGAGCCCAGGCGGCGCCGGUCAGCAUGGCCUCAGCGUCUGGUGAGGCGAAGGGCAACGGGCGGGAAGGCGUCCGCGAGAUCGGAGUGGAAGGAGGUCCUCGGGAGCUUGGGCGACUCGGGGCGGAGUUUGUCACGCCAGAAGCCCCGCGCGGCGCAGAGCCACACAGGCAGGAGGAACGAAUCCUCCUCCCGCAGGCCGUGCUGAGUCGCAGCUCCCUCGCGGGCGUCGAGGGUAUACAGAAGACGCUCGAUCCGAUUGAGCGCUACGUGAGGGAGCUGACGCAGCAGGCAGGCGGAGGCUCCGCGCUGCCCUUUGUGAGGAUCUCCGAAGGCGUCUACCUGCAUGCUGGCCGGCGCCUCAGAGUGCGCCUGACCAACGGCGCGGUGAUGGUCGAUUCCAGCAGCGGACUCAUUCCCCUCAAGACGUUUCUUGAGGGCGCCAACGCGCCGCAGAGACCACCUCGGGAGCGCCCAGCCCCGUCAUCAUAUUCCUCCGGUGCUACGAUGAACGGCCUCGCGCGAGCCGGCGCGCCGCCGUCCGCCGACAAACCGUCGCUUCCCUCGUUGUUUUCUCCCGCGAGUUCCGCUUUUUCGCCGGCGCUCUCCGCGGCCUCGCUGCACUCGCUUACGCGGGCGUCUGCGCUUGGCUCGCGGCCGCCCGGACUCUCUUCCGCAGGCGGUCGCGCUGAGAGAGGCGCUGGCGACGCGCCGGCGCUGCCCCCCCCCGCCGCUCGCACGGCAGUGUCUUCGCCGCUGUCUGUCGCCUCCUCUUCGCGUCGCACGCCGUCGAUUCAGACGGUCUGCACGUCGUCUCGCCCGAGCGCUUCGCCAGCUUCGCGGCCUCUCCAGGGAAUGGAGGGCGCGCCUCUCGACGCCACGCAUGCGUAG